AUGGAUUUGCCAAUACUUAUAAGCAGUAGCGUUUAUCAAGAUCUGUUCGCAUUUGAGAUAUUCGGCGGUCAUCUGUACCUCCACGCUGAUCUUGGAAGCGGUCCUGUAAAGGUGAAAUCGUCGAAGCAACGGGUCGAUGAUGGCACAUGGCACGAUGUCGCUCUCCGUCGAGUCGAAAGGGACGGUCGUGUCACGGUGGAUGAUUGGACAGUCGAAUUCCGUACACCCGGCGAUUCUACGCAAUUAGACCUUGAUGGAUUACUGUACAUCGGUGGUGUGGGAGCCCCAUUCGCACCUUUAACAGUGCCAGCAGUACUGUGGACAGGUGCCCUGAGACAGGGUUAUGUCGGCUGCAUGAGAGACCUUGUCAUAAACGGACAACCGAUCGAUAUAGCUGGAUACGCUCAACAACAAGACUCUGGUGCUGUCAGGCCGGCUUGUCAUUCUCAACCGCCCCACUGUCCUUCACAGCCGUGCAUGCACGGCGGCCAUUGUCUCGAGGGGUGGAACAGAUUUCACUGCGAUUGUACCGGAACACCCUUCACCGGGCCUACAUGCGGAAAAGACGCAUCAACAUUGCAUCUGAACGGAACACAGCAGAUGACAGCGCUUAUGCCGGAAGAUUCGAAAACGCAAGCGGAGGAGGUUAUCGUACGAUUCAAAACGACCAAACCACGCGGAUUGCUCUUGUCAACAAGCCUAGAAAACAGUCCUGAUAGACUACAGAUUUACCUAGACGAAGGUAAAGCGACUCUGCUGAUUCACAUCGGAGACAAAGAAAAGAUGUUGGUGGCUGGGCUAGGUCUGAACGAUGAUAUGUGGCACACGCUCAAAUUUUCCAGGCGAACGAGUGCUUUGAAAUUCCAAAUCGACGACGAGCCUGCCGUGAGAGCUGAUACACAACUUGGCAAGCAAGGCAUACUGGAGUUCCGUACUCUUCACGUUGGCGGCUACUUGCACGCCGGAGAGGACAUCCCGCACUUCGUCGGUCAACUGCAACAGAUAUGGUUCAACGGUUACGCUUACCUGGAAAUAGCUAGGAGCUCCGGGAAUCAUCAGGCUUCACAUCAAGGUGUCACGCCGAUCAUCAGGGUCACGGGGAAGUUCGGCAAGAGGAAUCAUCCGGUUCACUAUCCCGUGACCUUCACCUCGAAACACACGUUCGUUGGAUUACCUCUGCUUAAGGCAUACGUGGAAACGAACAUUUACUUCCAGUUUAAAACACGGGAAGCAAAUGGGUUGAUCCUGUUCAACGCCGGCCGGGAACGGGACUUCAUCGCGGUGGAACUAGUGAACGGGCACGUUCACUAUGUGUUCGAUUUGGGGGACGGACCUGUCAGGGUCAGGGACAACUCAAAGUCGCGGCUGAACGACGGAAAAUGGCACGCUGUUAGCAUCGGCAGACCAGCACCUAAAAGGCACACACUCGCUGUCGAUGAUCAUGUCACCGCUGUCAACAGUCAGGGCAGCAACGAAAACCUUGAUCUGGAUGGGAUUCUUUAUGUUGGUGAGUAA